AUGGCUGAUUCUUUGGAACAAGUUAAAGUAUCGUCUGAUGAACGAACUGAAACUGCAAGUGAAAAACUUCCUACUAAAAAAAUUGGGAAAAGAAAGCACGUAGAUGAAGUCGAGACUGUACUUAAUGAUAGACCUCGACGACAGGCACGUCCAGUUGUUCCUUACGGUUCUCAAGCUUCUGAUACAAAGUUACGUGUCAAACCUCCGGUUAAUAUAGUACAGGGUAAAGGUAUCCCUCUUGGUCAAAUCCCAGCAAUAGCUCGUGCCAUUGACAAACACAGAACGUCAGACGAAACUCUUAAAAGUGUACAUAGGUUAUUUUAUGGCCGAGCAGGAACAAAACAUGAUAUUAAAUCGCAUCUACGCGCUUUCUCAGGUCUUAAUACUGAAUCUCCUGUUGAUGUGACUGUAAUCAAAGAAAAACUUGAAAAGUUGAAGAUAGAUGGAUUGAAAAAGAUGUGUGCUUUUUUUAAUAUUAAAGUUUCUGGUGAUAAAUCUUCAAUUAUUGAACGGUUAAUUGAAUUUAUGAAAGAACCUUUCGAUACUUCGAAUAAAAAAGAUUUAAAAUUACAUAAAGAAAAAAUUAAGAAAUUAGAAACAAAUAGAAUGAAUCAAAAUGCUCGAGAUGC